AGGUUGGACCUCGCUGGCCGGAGUCACUCGUGAGUGGUGUAGCGCGAGCGACACGCGCCGGCCAGCGCGCAUGCGUCAGAGUUUACGCGCCAAAAUACGAUCGAAAGUUUGUUUUGUUAGCUGUGGAAAGUGACGUUUUAUGUAUGUAAAUUUCUCGCAUCGGAUUAUGGACAACAUGGAGUUUUUAGUGCUUAUAUUUUGCGUUAUACCGGCCUUAGUCACGUCAAUCACCAUAUCCCCGAACGGGAACAGUCCAGAAGUUAAGAUGGUGGGAGGUAUGAUGGUAGACGUGCAGCAGGGCUUCGUCCCCAUGACGCCUCCCGAGCCAACCAACAACUACCAGAAGAGUAGAAAAUUAAAUCUUAACGCGACGACGCUUUCUACUAAUGAGAGGUAUAGACGUCUGAUCCCGUACAUGACUUUCUACUACGCUAAUGACCUGACGACCGCCGAGCCACACCGCGCGGCCGUGGAGGUCGAGAAGGCGGAGAUAGUGGAGGCCGCGGUCAUGAGACAACAGAAGAAGCUCUACCCCUCGCCGUACAGGAACGUGCCGCGCUACCAGAGCAACCGACACCAGUACCACCAGGACUCUGCGCAUCCGACCAAAUUGUACAAAGAUCCGCCUAAUUACUCGGCUCCAACCAGAGUGACACCGAGCUACAGCAGUUUCCUAACCGACUUGAACUUGGAAGGCCAUGACUUCCGACAGCUGGUCCACCGCCCUGGCAACUACAAGCAGCCCGCUCCCUUCGCAGCCCCCACUAGGAAGCCCUACUUAAACUUCUACCAGAGCGAAGACUCUUCAGGUGUUCAGUACUACAUCCCCGAUAAAGACUCGUCACCGAAAUACAAGUUGGUUCCGUACGAGCAGACACCGCCAGUGAAGGUGCCGACUCGGCCGCCGCCGCCCGCUGAAGAUAUCUACGAUGUUCCUUUGAAAUCGAUCCCAGUGCCCGUGCAGUACCGCAAGGAGCACGUGUAUGUGAAGCCUCGGCCGCACCGGCCUCAGUACCACGAUAGCGGGUACGCGCCGCCCGCGAGGAAGCCGCCGUCCAUCGUGUCGGAAAACUAUUAUGAAAAGCUGCGGCCGCAAGCGCCACCACACGAGCUCGCCACCAAACCGGUCGUGGAAAGUGGCUUCAAGCCCAUCGCGGGCCCGGCCGCCGUUACCACAGACGCUUCUAUUUAUAGCUCCACUGAAUCUGCCGCACUCGAGUACGAUAUUCCGAAGCAAAACAUACAGGUUAUCGAAAACGACGCAUCACAGGAGGCGACAUUGAAUCACAGACCUAAUUACUACCAAUACGUGGUCGACGAGCCGCAGUACAAGCCGGCUCCCGUCACUACCAAGGUUACGCUGAGUGACCUUCUCGACUCGUUGCAAAUCAACAAAUCGAUUCCGAAGCUGAUCACUAAAGAGAAUGUGGGUUCUUCCAUUAGGACCCUGCUGCAGGUGUUGAAUACUCUGCGGGCGGUGCCGCAGGACGAGGCCCUGGUGGCAGAUAAGCCCUAUGGUCCAGAGGAGGUCGUAGUGGAAGCGCCCGUGCCUGUCGUGAAACCGACGGAGGCCCCUAUUCCCAAUGAGGUAGAGCUGCAUGAGGAACCCUAUUUGGCACCCGUCAACCCGCCGUCCCAGCAUUUAGAUGAAUACGCGUCAGCCGGCAACCGCGGCAGCACGUCGCAGCGCUUCCCUCUCCAGAUCUUAAACGACGACUCCGGCGGCACGCCCGGGCGGCCCGGCCGGGACUACCCCGUGCUGCCCGCCAUCCCGCGCACCAGCUUUGACUGCAAGACGCAGCGGUACAAGGGCUUCUUCGCGGACCCCGAGACUAGGUGUCAGGUGUGGCACUACUGCGACCUCAACGGCGGGCAGGCUUCCUUCCUGUGUCCCAACGGCACCAUCUUCUCCCAGGCGGGCCUGACGUGCGACUGGUGGUUCAACGUGCGCUGCGCUUCCACCACGCAGCUGUAUGUGCUCAAUGAGAGCCUGUACAAGUUCAUUUUGCCGCACUCGCCCAAGUUUCCGGAAGACUAUAGCGGGCCGCUCGUUGACAAAUACCUAACGUUGAAAUUCAAGGAAAUGGAGGAACAGUUCAAAAAGAACAAACACAAGCAAACAGCUGCUGAGAAGGCAGAUUCUGACGACGAGACAUCCACUGAAGAUGAAGACACUACCAUGAGUUACGAAGAUGAGAACAAGGAGGAAAACGAAGAGAGCGGUGUCAGCGAAUCCAGUGUCGUGGUAGGGUCCCCGGGCACCAGUGGCAAUGUUGAGAGACUAGAGGAAUAA